CAUAAAAGCACAAUGAAAGACAACUGAUGGACUCAAAAAAUCUUAGUCACUUUAGCUUUAAUUCUUGUAGCUAUCUCGAUAACUCAUUAAGAGCUACUGUUGUAUAUAGAGACGAAAUAACUUUAGCCGACAAGUUCCUUGGUGAAUGUUGAAGAAAAUAUGAAACAAUGCCUUAUGACUUAUGAAGAAAAUAUGAAACAAUGUCUUACCCAGAGGCGAAACUUCACUAUUUUCAUUUGGGGGGUAUGUAGUUAGAUGCCUGACAAAAGGGCGUGUCAUGCUUGAUGAAAGGGCGUGUCAUGUGUGAACAACAUUUUUAGGGCACAUCGCCUCAAGGGUUGAAAUCACCGGGGACCCCGAGCGAGGGUCAUUAAGUAUAUCCCUUUUAAUCCCCAAGCAGUUUCGCCCCUGGCUUUACCCUUAGUCCUUUUAAAAGUUUUCCAUGUAUAAAUAUUAGUGAAUUAUUGCAAGUUUCAAAAGAUCAUUGGGACAUGGAUCUUCUAAGAAUUUCAUAUGUCGCCCAAAAAGUAUAAGAUCAGUUUCAAUAGAGUCAUAUUGUGAUUUAGGAGAAAACAGCUCAACACAAGUACAUGUGGUAAAAGUUAUUUGAAAUAGAUGCAAAACAUUAUGUUUGGCGCAGAUAUGGAUUUUUCGUCAGAGCAGAAGAGAAUCAGUUUUUUUUACGUCAAUAGCUAGAACUAUCAAAAUUGCAUCUGCUCUUUUUGUAUUGAAAAAUAUCGUCUCUUUUCCAAAAAUAUUACUUUUGGUGAAAGUUGGAUCCAGUAAUUUCAGACUGACCCCCUUUACGUCUAGGUACCGAGUUAUCGAUCUUAGACUAUGCACUGUUUCUAAAAUUUUGCAUUUUACUUUCCCCAUAGUUGAGUCUGCAAGCAGGCUACCCUUCCAGGAAGCACCCAUUCUCUUGGAAUAAAUUGGAAGUCUUUCACACUUUCAUUACUUCUUUGUGCCUCUCAUUCCCUCAGUUUAUUCAAGCCGUGUCUCUCGUAUUUCAUGUCAACCUUCUAUUUAUUUUUCUUUCCUCUGUUGAUGUUUGUUUCCUUCUCUCCGAAGGAACCUGAAGAUCCUUAUAAAUAUUUCGGUUUAUUUUUACUCCCUCGUUGUCAUUUUCGAUACCCUCCAAAUGAGGCUUCCCGCCAAAAGAUGGUCGACGCUGUAACUCUGAUAUUCCUGUUCGUGGGCUCGCUUUUCUUUUGUUUUUUAGUAUCGUUUUUCUCGUGUAUGUUUCCAGCAACUGUUCGUAAAGAAGACUGAAUCAUUAGUCAUAACUAUGAGUGUUUCAGAGUUGUGCUGGAAGUCAUUCAGUUGUCCGAAAGCUUUGCUGAAUUUGGAUAUUGUGUUGGCCUGUGGUCAAUGCUUUAGGUGGUCAAAGAAUGAUGAUGGAGAAUGGAAUGGCGUUAUUGGUAAACGUGUUUGGUUUCUAAAACAGACUUCUGAGCAGAUAUUUUACAAAAGCUUUGGUAAACGUACUGAUGUUCUACCGUUUCAUAUAGAAAAAAGAGAAGAACAUGACCUUACAUCUUCGAAGCAACAAGAAACCUCUGUUGGCCAGGAGGACGUUCUCAACAACGAUCUCGAAGAGGCAAUUUUGCGGGACUAUUUUCAGUUGGACGUUGAUCUUGAAAGGCUCUAUAAGAGUUGGAGUAAAAAUGAUGAGGUUUUCAAUAGGCUGGCAAAUAAUUUUGGUGGAUUGAGAAUGCUGAGACAAGACCCAGUUGAGAAUCUGUUCAGCUUCAUCUGCUCUCAAAACAACCACAUAUCACGAAUUUCCUCGAUGGUCGAAAAGCUCUGUAGUAAUUACGGUGAUAACAUUGGCGAGCUAGAAGGAAAGGCCUACCAUUCAUUCCCAUCACUGGCUGCUUUGUCAAAUGAAAGUGUUGAACAGAAGUUGAGGGAACUGAGUUUUGGGUAUAGAGCAAAAUUUAUUUAUCAGUGUGCAAAGAAAAUUUUGGAAACAGGGAAGGAGGGCUGGCUUCAUCACUUGAGAGCUGUUGAUUACAAAGAAGCCCAUAGCGCUUUAUGUCAGCUUCCAGGUGUUGGGGCAAAGGUUGCAGACUGUGUUUGCCUCAUGUCCUUAGAUAAAACAGAGGCAGUUCCAGUUGAUACACACAUGUGGCAAAUCGCUCAGAGAGAUUACCUGCCACAUCUUAAGAAGUAUAAAAGUUUGACAGACAAGAUUUAUGAAGAGAUAGGUGACCACUUCAGAGGCAUCUAUGGGGAAUAUGCUGGUUGGGCACAUUCAGUACUGUUUAGUGCAGAUCUUCGUCGAUUCAGAGACUUAAAGAUGGAUGCCCUGAAAUCAAAGCCUGGACCAGAAAAACAGCAGCAAAAGAAACAGGCAAAGAGACAAAAGAGAAAGGUUAAAGCUGAUGUGAUUGUGAAUGAUUUGCAAAAGCAGCAGGACACAUCAAAAAAAGGGAUUUCAAAUGUAACUCAAAAUAGAUCUCUCAACUUUUAUCUUUUUGUAUCAGAUUCUAAAGAGGAGAAGUCAGCGUAUCAGCCAAGAUGCAGGAGGGAAACAGAGAAAAAUUUAGAACAAGAUGCAUUUUAACAGAAUAAUUUACUUUAUGGUUCAUGUGCCUUUAGCAUCUUAAAUAAUCAAAUUUUUUUUAGGUAGGGUGUGUUAUACUAACUUCUUUACAAGAGAUCAUUUUGAAAAAGUCUAGUAGUCAAGUAUUAGCUCUAAUCAAACCAUUAGCAUUGAUUGAGAAGCAUUGGCAUUUUAUUCAUUGGUAAAUUGUAUAAUAUUUUAUCAAUAAUGGAUUUUACCCUAAAAGGACUCUGGUUACAAAAGCAUCAAGCGUUUCUGUAAAAUUUGAAAUGCAAUUAAAUUGAAAGCUUUGUGUUUCUGUGAUUGCUUUCUUGACUGAUGUUAGGGCUAUAAGAUGAAUUUGGAAAAAUGCAUACUUGGAUUUCUAUUUUAGGAAAGUAUCGUUUAUCAGAUGCUGGCCCUAACUACCUAUCUUACCCAGCAGUAAUAUCUUGUUUUCCUUGGGAUGUCUAGCUGGGAAGUAUUGUGUGGACCAUCAUGGGAUGCAGACUGGUACCAUUUCUAAAAUGUGUGCUCCAACCACCUACCUACAGGCCUACCUAACCCAUUACUACCUCUUUUUCUCUUUGAUAUGCCCUUGGUUAUUGAACACAGAUCGGCAUCAUCAAUAUAAUGUGGACCUAAACCACACUUAGCCAACCUGGGAUAUAUCCUUGAC